CGCCGAACCUGACCGCGCCUACCUCUCCGUUCUGCGCGCCGCCACCGCCACGCCAGUCCUCGCGCUCGCCGCUUGCGCGUGCCUCCGCCGCGCCGGCCUGCCAGCGCCGGGGCGCCACGCGCUCCCUGCCCUGCUCCGCGCCGCCGCCCGCGCGCGCUGCGCCGACUCCGUGGGGCAGGCGCAUGCCCUCGCCGUACGGGUCGGGGCCGAGGAUGAUGGGUUCAUCGGGACCGCGCUGGUUGGCGCGUACGCGGCGUGCCGGCGCGUGGCCGACGCCCGCAGGAUGUUCGAAGUAAUGCCGGAUCGGGAUCUCGUCGCUUGGGGCGUCAUGCUUGACAGUUAUUGUCAGACUCAAGACUACAGAGAAGCAUUGCUUCUACUCAAUAAGCUGAAGAGAUCAAGAAUGGUGCCUGACCAAGUCAUCCUUGCUACCGUUCUAUCAGCCUGUGGUCAUACACGACAUUUAAGAUCCGGAAAAGUCAUCCACUCAUACAUACUGGUCUCAGACAUUUUUAUCGAUGCCCGCCUCAGCAGUGCCCUCUUAAACAUGUAUGCUAAUUGUGCGGAUAUGGAGAUGGCCAAGAAGCUAUACAGCGGGAUGCAAAGGAAGGACAUGAUAUCAUCAACUGUCAUGGUCCGUGGAUAUGCUAAGAAUGGAAAAAUCGAUAUUGCUCGCUCCAUAUUCAACUGUAUGAUGGAGAAGGAUGUGGUAUCUUGGAGUGCUAUGAUAGCAGGAUAUGCUGAAAAUAACCAACCAAGUGAAGCGUUGAUUUUGUUCAAAGAUAUGCAAGAGUGUGGUGUCUGUCCUGAUGAAAUUACCCUAUUGAGCGUCAUAUCUGCAUGUGCUAAUAUCUGUUCCCUUGACAAAGCCAGAUGGAUCCACUCGUUUGUUUUGAAUAAUGGGUUUUGUAAGAUAUUGUCCAUUUGCAAUGCUCUUAUUAAUAUGUUCUCAAAAUGUGGAAGUUUGACUCUUGCCUUGAACGUGUUCAAUGCAAUGCCUCGAAAGAAUGUUAUCACCUGGACAAGUAUGAUUUCUGCCUUUGCUAUGCAUGGUGAUGGCAAAUCUGCCUUAGCCCUUUUUGACAAGAUGAAAAGUGAAGGGGUUGAACCUAAUGGCGUGACAUUUCUUGGUUUAUUGUUUGCCUGUUGUCAUGCUGGUUUAGUUGAUGAAGGCCGUUCCUUGUUUGAAUGUAUGGUCCAGGAAUACAUGAUUGAACCCAAGCAUGAGCAUUAUGGCUGUAUGGUGGAUCUUAUGGGAAAGGCUAAACUUCUGCAGGAAGCAGUUGAUCUCAUAAAGUCAAUGCAUGUAAGACCUAAUGUGGCUGUUUGGGGAUCUCUGUUAGCAGCCUGCUGGAUGCAUGGUGAUCUUGAGCUCGGUGCAUUUUCUGCAAGGAAAAUUUUGGAGUUGGAUCCCAAUCACAAUGGAGCAUAUGUGUUUUUAUCGAACAUGCACGCAAAAUCUGGUGACUGGAACAAUGCUCGAGAGGCAAGAGGAGUAAUUGAAGGCCAUAGGGUUUCGAAAGAAACAAGCUGCAGUCGGGUAGAGCUGAAUGGGAUAGUCCACGAUUUUGGAGCUGGAGGUGAGAAACAUCAGGAAAAUCAUAGGACCGUUCUAAAGUUUAGUGGGGUAAUUUCUAAAUGAUGAUGAUCUCAUAGUUAUGGCUGCAUCAGUUGUAGGAAUUCGUUAUUUAAUCAAAGCUGAACAACAAGUCAGCUGGCUAAUUUUGAUUUUUCAUAAAAGGAGGCUAUGCAGCCCAGUUUGGUUAAGGGAAGACACAGGCAGGGCUUUGAAGAGAUAUUAUUAUGGAUUGAGCUAUCAUAUUUUCCUCCUGUCAUACAUUAAGUUAAGAUGAAAUAAUUGGUGUGAUUCCGCGCGAAAAAACUCCCUCUGUCAGGCUGAAGAUAGUUCACUGUGCAGUAGAAGCUGAACUUCAUGCCGUGUGAGUCAUCGUCUGUAAUGGGUCUUUCAGUUGUGUGAGCUGCCAGAACCUUUCUUAAGAACUUCGAAUCCAGAAGCAUGGGUAUUUCACGGGGGAGCAGUAGUCAGACAACAUUCCACAGCUCUCCACCAUUGUAACAUAUUCUGGCAACACCUCACUUCUAAAAUCAUGGGCUUAUUCAGGAUUAUUUGAUGAGCAGAGUAGCAAACAGACUGCCCUCGGGGUGUGUCACCGACUUGGCGAGCUCUUGUGCGAGGAAGAGAUGCCCUUAAGUUGGGUUUAGUAUUCCCUCCCUUUCUUUUUAGUCUGCAUAUAAAGUUUGGUCAAAGUCAAGUUUUGUAAAGUUUGACUAACUUUAUAUUAAGAAAUAUUAACAUUCACAAU